AUGAACGGUGAGUUGCAGUAUGUGGAGAAGUUGCCCGUUGAUAACCCGAUUCUAUGUGCGGCAGUAUCACCUUGUAACUCAAUCAUUCUUAUGGCUAGCUCGGAAUUAACUUUUCACGUAUGGAGAAAGGAUCAAACCUCACAGCCUCUUCACUGGGUAGCUUCAAACACUGGAAAACUCUUUUCCCGUAUGGAAGGCAGUAAAGAAAGCGUCUUUAACUGCAAAUGUUGCAUCACAAGCGACAGCACUAAAGGAGUUUUGGCGUUGUAUUUUUGUGAAAGAUUGAUCACAAAGUAUCCCGUAUUAUAUUAUUUCAUUCUUGACGAUUUAAACUCGAAGAUCAAGAAGAGGAUGAUUCAAUGCCAUAAUAUCAUGCUUGAAAAUAUCUCAAAUUUGGGCGAAUUAUAUGUCGGCAAUUCGUAUUGUAUUGUCGUUGAAUACGGCAGGGAUCCCUGGUUCGGAGCAUUAAGAUUAGCAACUGCCGAAUACGCAGCAGAAUGGAAGAUCUUUCGUGAGUUACGUUGUUUCCCACUCAUUGGAGCGCAUUCUAAAAAUGAUCUUGUUGCUGUUAUCACACAACGUCCUGCUAGUGUUCAGUUUUUAAAAAUUGUCGUUCCAGAGUGA